AUGACGGCCGCUGGAACUGUGGUGAUGACGGCCGCUGGAACUGUGGUGGUGACGGCCGCUGCAGCUGUGGUGGUGACGGCCUUGUUUGAACUACGGAACCAGAACCGUGUCGACCAUGGCCAUAACCGUGUCGACCGUAGUCAGAACCGUGUCGACCAUGGCCAUAACCGUGUCUACCGUGGCCAGAACCGUGUCGACCAUGGCCAUAACCGUGUCGACCGUGGCCAGAACCGUGUCGACCAUGGCCAUAACCGUGUCGACCGUAGUCAGAACCGUGUCGACCAUGGCCAUAACCGUGUCGACCGUAGUCAGAACCCUGUCGACCGUGGCCAUAACCGUGUCGACCGUAGUCAGAACCGUGUCGACCGUGGCCAGAACCGUGUCGACCGUGGCCAGAACCGUGUCGACCGUGGCCAGAACCAUGUCGACUGUAGUCAGAACCGUGUCGACCAUGGCCAUAACCGUGUCGACCGUAGUCAGAACCGUGUCGACCAUGGCCAUAACCGUGUCGACCGUAGUCAGAACCGUGUCGACCAUGGCCAUAACCGUGUCGACCGUAGUCAGAACCGUGUCGACCAUGGCCAUAACCGUGUCGACCGUAGUCAGAACCGUGUCGACCAUGGCCAUAACCGUGUCGACCGUAGUCAGAACCGUGUCGACCGUGGCCAGAACCGUGUCGACCGUGGCCAGAACCGUGUCGACCGUGGCCAGAACCGUGUCGACCGUGGCCAGAACCGUGUCGACCGUGGCCAGAACCGUGUCGACUGUAGUCAGAACCGUGUCGACCGUGACCAGAACCGUGUCGACCGUAGUCAGAACCGUGGCCAGAACCGUGUCGACCGUGGCCAGAACCGUGUCGACCGUGACCAGAACCGUGUCGACUGUAGCCAGAACCGUGUCGGCCGUGGCCAAAACCGUGUCAACCGUGACCAAAACCGUGUCAACCGUGACCAAAACCCUGGAAAUCGACAUUGA